UUUUAAAUGUUGUGCAAACUUCCUGUAGAUCUAGUUCUUUAUAAGGGGUGACAUAUCAUCCAUUAACUGUUUCAUUAAUCUUUAGUGAAUUCAUCCACAAAAAAAGAGCUUUGCUAAAUUACUAAAUAACAUAUUUGUAGAACUCCAGAUACAUCAGAUAUUUUUCUAUAAACCUGAAGAACUUUAAAAAUCACUAAUCAUGAACAUAAAGUAUUUUUUUAUGUUUUUUGCAAAUAAAAACAAAAACAAAAUAAACACCCAAGGCAUAGGGACAAUAAGUUAGAAAGUGAAUAUUUUGCUUUUAUUUACUGAAUUAUAUUAUAUGCUACUGAUUAUGGAAACAGGUUGGUUGUCCUCAGAAUAUUUCAUGACUUGAUACUCACCAAACCAAAGGUUGCAACAGAAAGAUAAUGGUGUUAAAUAGCAAAACAGCCAGCUGUUAGCCGUGUUACACUGUGGCCCUCUCACAAGAAUAUAUAUGUUCUAAUAUUACAUGUCUUUUGCUUUUAGAAAAAUAAUGCUGCAUUCUUGAUGCAAUAUGUUGCAGUCCAAAUUUUGAAUUUUGCAUGAGGGCAUUGCAAACCCUCAUGCUCCCAACCAUCAUAGAAUGCUCUCUCAUGUUUUAACUUUUACAAACUUCCUGUGGAUUUGCAUGUUUAUCAGCAGCGACAUACACCCCACACGAGUCUCAGCUAAGCUGUCAGAGUUGGAUCAAACAUUCUUCUGCAGAGGAUUCAUUAACAGCCAACAAGACAGUUCACAAGGUCUAAAGUCAGUGAGGGAGAUGACCACUAACUCUUUCAAUCCAAUCAAUACAACUGCUGCACCUAAUGGAAAUGGCUCAAAGAAUAGUGACAGUAAUGGUGGGCUUAACAUCAUGUCUCUCAUAAUUUAUUCCCUGGCUUUUGUCCUCGGUGUGCUCGGGAAUGGAGUGGUUAUCUGGGUGACCGGGUUCAAGAUGAAGAAAACUGUUAACAUAGUUUGGUACCUCAACCUUGCUGUGGCUGACUUCAUCUUCACUGCGUUUUUGCCCCUGAGUGUGACUUACACAGCUUUGGAUUUCCACUGGCCUUUUGGCAAGUUCAUGUGCAAGCUGAACACCACUAUCAGCUUUCUGAACAUGUUUGCCAGUGUCUACAUUCUGGUGGUGAUCAGUGUGGACAGAUGUGUGUCUGUGGUGUGGCCUGUCUGGGCUCAGAACCACCGAAAUGUACGCAGAGCAUCCUAUGUGAGUCUGUGUGUUUGGGUGGUGGCUUUGAUUCUCAGUGCUCCAUACUUCAUCUUCAGGGACACUGAACAAGACUCUAACAAAAUGAUUUGCUUUGACAACUAUGCUCUUUCUGAUGACUAUGAAACACCAUCGGUGAAAAAGUUAAGGGAAUUUCGUCAUCAGGCCAUGACUAUCACACGCGUCCUCCUAGGAUUUGCUGUGCCUUUCACUUUCAUUGUCUUGUGUUAUGCUGUUAUAAUCCAUCGUCUCAGAAGAAACCGCACACUGGCCAAUCAGUCAAGUCGCACCUUUAAGAUCAUCGCUGCCAUUAUCAUCACUUUCUUUCUGUGCUGGGCUCCCUUUCACAUCAUGGGUCUAAUUGAGAUGGCAUAUCACAUGCCAGAAUAUUCAAGUGAGAUGUUAGAUGAUAUCAUCACAAUUGGGUUCCCGAUAGCCACCAGCCUAGCCUUUCUCAACAGCUGCUUGAAUCCACUGCUGUAUGUGUUCAUGGGCCAAGAUUUUAAAGAUAAAGUCCGCAAAUCCAUCCUGAUUGUGCUGGAGAGUGCCUUCCAGGAAGAGGAGACACGCAAUUACACUUACACAAAGUCAGUGGACACCAGUCAGAACCAAGAGAGUUCAGAUUUGAAUACUGAGGUAUAAGAAACGAAAUAAUUAAGCUGUAAAGCAUAUGUGAAAUUGCUUAUGGGCUUUUUACUACCUUAAGUAUGAUUCAGAUAUGUGACUGAUGCAGUUGUACUAUGCAGACUUGCUGUUGGUUUCUUUGAUUCACAGCUGUGCAUUCAGGCUGCUUGUUUUUGAAUUUCAAAGGAGUUGUAAAAUUCCUUUUUCACUAUAUGUCAUCAUUAUUAUAUUCUUACGCUCAUCUGCUUUGUAUAAUAUUUUUCUAGAAUUUUAACAUAAAGAACUCUUUGUAAAAGCUUCUAUGUCUAUGUAAAGAAUAUAAUACAUAUGUACUUUUUCACUUCUUCUCAGCUAUGGUGCCAUCAAUAAAAGUUGACAAUGAUGAUCAUUCUUUCAUACCAUCAUUUAAAUUUUGAGAGUAUAUUUGGACUUAACUGUUUCUCCACUUAUACAUGUUAUAAUCACCA